GAUCAAAUAUGCCUAUAAAUAUAACCUUCACUUCUUCACUUCUUCUCAUCACUCCCUUUCACUACUCCUUUUAAUUGUUAUUAUCAACUCAUCAAAUGGAAUUCUCCAUAGUCCCUUGCUUCUUCUUUGCUUUCUUCUUCAUCUUGUUUCUAAUCCGUUCCCUCCUGAAAUCCAUCUCAUCGAAAGGCGCAAAUUUGCCGCUUCCGCCGGGUUCCUUGGGUUGGCCAUACAUAGGGGAGACCUUCCAACUCUACUCCCAAAACCCAAAUGACUUCUUUGCCUCAAAACAGAGGAGGUAUGGCUCCAUCUUCAAGACUCACAUCUUGGGGUGCCCUUGUGUCAUGAUCUCGAGCCCGGAGGCCGCGAAAUUCGUGCUCGUCACGAGAUCCCAUCUCUUCAAGCCCACAUUCCCCGCCAGCAAAGAGAGGAUGCUGGGCAAACAGGCCAUCUUCUUCCACCAAGGCGACUACCACGCCAAGCUGAGGAAGCUCGUCCUUCGCGCCUUCAUGCCUGAAGCCGUCAAGAACAUCAUCCCCAACAUCGAAACCAUCGCCAAAGACUCUCUUCAAUCUUGUCAAGGCCGUUUGGUCAACACCUUCCAUGAAAUGAAGACGUUUGCUUUCAACGUGUCACUACUUUCAAUAUUUGGAAAAGACCAAGAGCUAUGCAGGGAGGAUUUGAAGAGGUGCUACUUCAUACUAGAGAAGGGAUACAAUUCAAUGCCCAUAAACUUUCCCGGUACACUCUUCCACAAAGCGAUGAAGGCCAGGAAGGAGUUGUCCCAGAUCUUGGCCAAGAUCAUCUCCACUAGAAGGCAGGCCCAGCAGAGCCAAACCCACAACGACCUCCUUGCCUCCUUCAUGGGCGACAUCGAAGGCCUCACUGACGACCAAAUCGCCGACAACAUCAUCGGCGUAAUCUUCGCAGCACGUGACACCACCGCAAGCGUCUUGACGUGGAUCGUCAAGUACCUCCGAGAGAACCCCGGUGUUCUUGAAGCCGUCACCGUAAGAAUCUCUCUAUUUUUCUCAACCCGACUAAAAAUUACUAC